CAAGGCUGCCGGUUGGCCCUGACUCUGCGUUUGCGCAUGAUCCUAAACUGGGCGGGAGAGAACGAAGUUCAAACUCCUUCCUGGGUGUCCGGAAUUUGAAACCGAGGGUCAUGGAGAAUUACCAAGAUUUGGCAGAAGCUGAGUGCUUGAGCUCAGAGCAGGCUGCCCGUUAUAUGAGAUAUGUGAAAGAGGCCAAAGAAGCAACAAAGAGUGGAGAUCUGGAGGGAGCACUCAAAUUUUUCACUUUGGCAAAGAGCAUUUUUCCCAAUAAAAAGCUGAUGAGCAGAAUCCAAAAAGUACAGGAAGCCUGGGAGGAGUUGGAAGAACAUGAAGAUGAUGAAUUUGUAGAAGUGUGCAACUCUGGGCUGCUGCUUUAUCGAGAACUGUAUAACCAACUGUUUGAGCACCAGAAGGAAGGUGUGGCUUUCCUCUACAGCCUUUACAGGGAUGGGAGAAAAGGGGGUGUCUUGGCAGAUGACAUGGGAUUGGGGAAAACUGUUCAAAUCAUUGCUUUCCUUUCUGGUAUGUUUGAUGCUUCGCUUGUGACUCAUGUGCUGUUGAUAAUGCCUACCAACCUCAUCAGCAUGUGGGUGAAAGAAUUUGCCAAGUGGACCCCAGGAAUGAGAGCCAAAACCUUUCAUGGCCCUAGCAAGGGUGAACGUACCAGGAGUCUCCUCCGGGUUCAGCAAAAGACUGGUGUCCUUAUUACCACCUACCAAAUGUUAAUCAACAAUUGGCAGCAGCUUUCCAGCUUUAAUGGCCAAGCGUUUGUGUGGGACUAUGUCAUCCUUGAUGAAGCACAUAAAAUAAAGAGCUCAUCUACUAAGUCAGCAACAUAUGCUCGUGCUGUCCCUGCAAGUAAUCGCCUCCUCCUCACAGGGACCCCCAUCCAGAAUAACUUACAAGAAUUAUGGUCCCUGUUCGAUUUUGCUUGCCAAGGUUCCCUGUUAGGAACAUUAAAAACUUUUAAAAUGGAGUAUGAAACUCCUAUUGUUAGAGGAAGAGAGAAGGAUGCUACUUCAGGGGAAAAAGCCUUGGGACUUAAGAUGUCUGAAAAUUUGAUGGAAAUCAUAAAACCUUAUUUUCUCAGGAGAACUAAAGAAGAAAUUCAGAAGAAUAGGCUGAACAUCCCAGAGGUUGGACCCACUGAAAAGAACCUAGGUGUUGACACCAUCUACAGAAUGCCUUCUCUUUCCAGGAAAAACGAUUUAAUCAUUUGGAUACGUCUUGUACCUUUACAAGAAGAAAUAUACAAGAAAUUUGUGUCUUUGGAUUAUAUCAAGGAGUUGUUAAUGGAGACACACUCGCCUUUGGCCGAGCUAGGAGUCUUAAAGAAGCUGUGUGAUCAUCCCAGGCUGCUGUCAGCACGGGCUUGUCGUUUGCUGCAUCUAGAGGCUAUCAAAAUCUCUGCUCAAGAUGAAAAUGAGGAAGAUUCCUCAGAUGUGGACAACCUUGCUCAUGCAACUGAUACUACACUGAUGGAAGAAUCUGGAAAAAUGUUAUUUUUAAUCAGCCUGCUGAAGAGACUUCGAGAUGAAGGGCAUCAAACUCUAGUUUUUUCACAGUCAAGACAAAUUCUAAACAUCAUUGAACGCCUUCUAAAGAAUAAACACUUUAAGAUACUGCGAAUUGAUGGCACUGUCACCCAUCUUUUGGAACGAGAAAAAAGGAUUAGUUUAUUCCAGCAAAAUAAAGAUUACUCUGUAUUUCUGCUUACUACUCAAGUAGGUGGUGCUGGGUUAACAUUAACAGCAGCAACUAGAGUGGUCAUUUUUGACCCUAGCUGGAACCCUGCAACUGAUGCUCAAGCUGUGGAUAGGGUUUACCGAAUUGGACAAAAAGAAAAUGUUGUAGUUUAUAGGUUAAUCACUUGUGGGACUGUAGAAGAGAAAAUAUACAGAAGACAGAUUUUCAAGGACUCAUUAAUCAGACAAACUACUGGUGAUAAAAAGAACCCAUUCCGCUAUUUCAGUAAACAAGAUUUAAGAGAGCUCUUUACAGUUGAGGAUCUCCAGAACUCUGCAACCCAGCUGCAACUUCAGUCUCUGCAUGCUGCUCAGAGGAGGUCUGAUAAAAACCUAGAUGAACACAUUACCUACCUACAGUCUCUGGGAAUUGCUGGAAUCUCAGAUCAUGACUUGAUACAUACAGGUGAUCUGUCUGCUAAAGAAGAGCUUGAUGUGAUAGAAGAAUCUCAGUAUAUUCAACAAAGAGCUCAGAAAGCUCAAUUUCUUGUUGAAUUUGAGUCUCAAAAUACAAUGGAAAAACGAAGAACUGGAAAAGAGGGAGCCUGGCCAACAGAACCCUUGUUUCCUUCUCAAAAAAAGAAGAAAUGCCUUGAAUUAAAGAAAUUAGAGCCUUGGCCUUUGCCUCUUACAACUACUGAUCCUACCCAGGAAGGAGAUAUCAAUUUUCAAAUGGCAAACAUGAGCAUUGAUGAUCAAGACCUCUCCAAUGUGAAGCUAAAUAUGACCAUGUUACAAGAUAGUAUGCACCCACAUGAAAAUUCAUUUAAUCCUGACUCUGUAGCUGCUUUAUGCAAGGAGUUUGAAAAUGUAGAAGAAAUUUGGGCUGCCUCAUUACUGGGAACCACAAAAAGCCUUAUAGUUGAGAACAAAGCUCUGCAAAAAAGGACUUCCCAAGAAAAGCCUGAACAAGAGGCACUGCAGAAGAACCCCUUGGGUAGUUUUAAUUACUUAACUCUCCAAUCAACCGAAGUUGAUCUUGCACCAACUUUAGAUCUACAGGAUGAUGAGAUUUUAUAUCAUGGUAAUCCGUGGCCCAGCAAUUCUAUAACAAGUAAAAAUCAAAAUACAAAAUUGAGUACUUCCAUUAUUGAACUAUCUGACGAAUUGUCAGCAUCCCAUAGUGCACUGCGGGAUGCCCAAGCAAGUGAGGCCAAGUCAGAAAGAGAGCCUUUAGCAUCUUUACCACAGUAUGCAUGUGAUUUCAAUCUUUUCCUGGAAGACUCUGCAGACAAUAGACAAAAUCUCUCCACUCAGACUUUGGAGUGUGUUGAGAAAAAAUCUAGCUUGUGUGUCUCUGUAGCUAAUUCAAGUGCAGAGUCUUUGCAUAGCACAGCAUGUCACCAUUUGGAUUUUUCUAAGAAAGGCAAUGAACCAGAAGAAGAGGUUGUUAAUGUUAAAACCAGAAGGAAAGCUAGAAGGAUCAUUUCAGAUGAUGAAGAUGAGGAUGAUUCUCUAGCAGGUGCUUCAAGCACAAAUCUGUUUAGCACAUCUCUCCUUCCUUUGUCAUCUGUAAAACAAUUUGAUGCUUCGACUCCCAAAGAUAACAGUCUACCCAGAACAUUCUUUUCACCUAACAUAGCUGGCAGUGUAAAUAAAUAUAUGAAUGCAAGGCGAUCGCUGGCUUCUAGAAGUUCUCUGAUUAAUGUGGUUUUAGAACACGUGGAGGAUAUGGAAGAAAGACUUGACAACACUGAUAAAGCAGAGGGCACCCUGGAUGACCUAGAGGAAGGAGCCAAAGAAAACAGUGAUGAGGCCUCAGAGCGUACAGAGGAUCCUUCUGGAGAAGGACUGUCUUCAGAACAUAAGUCUGGUGGGCUAAUGAUGUCUAAGCCAUUAGGCUGUAGUCCACCAACCCCCUUUUCGGAUGCUGACCCUUUCUCUGCAGAACCAUUGAUUGACUCUCCCCAGGGUAAGUCAGUGGAGGCUGAAAAUGACUAUGAGACUCUUAUAACUCAUGGAAAAGAACUGAAAGAGCAUGGAAAGAUACAGGAAGCCUUAAACUGCUUGGUUAAAGCCCUUGACAUAAAAAGUUCCGAUCCUGAAGUCAUGCUCAUGACUUUAAAUUUGUAUAAGCAACUUAGGAACACUUGAAAAUGCUGUAACCUGUUUUUUGUGUUGGGGAGAAAGGUUUUAUUUUCAGAUAUAAAGUCCUUCUGUGUAUCCCAG